CAGUUCGUCUGUUCACUCCUCUGCCUCUCUUAUUUUUGGCUGUUCUAUUAUUUUCUAAUAAAUAUUCUCUAUGUUUCCUCGUGUGCUGCCUCAGGACGAAGAGUCGACGUGUCCGACGUGGAGGACACAACAGUGGUGAACUGUUUUUGACACAGACAUGCCUUGAGGCAAAUCCCAAAUCCUACUCUGCUUGGUUUCACCGCGGAUGGGCCCUUAAAAAGAUGAAGAAUCCUGAUUUCAAACGCGAAUUGAAACUGGAUUGCAGGAAUUUCCACACAUGGGAUCACAGGCCGUAGUUGCAAAAUUAGCUAAACUUGGACAAGAUGAGGAACUUGAGUUCUCGAACAAACUUAUCGGGGAGAAUUUCUCGAACUACUCGGCAUGGCAUUACAUAGUUGUAUUGUUGCAAAAAAUGCAAAAUAGUAAAGCUGGAGAAUACAAACUUGAUGAAGAUACUGUUGCUGCUGAAUUGAAGAAAGUAACUUUGGCAUUUUUCACUGACCCGGAAGAUCAAAGUGCAUGGGUGUACAGUCGAUGGCUUCUCGAAAUGGGAUCAGAAAAGGAUAAGGCCCGAUUCGUUGUCACCGGCUGUACCUCUCACAGUGUCUUUCCAUGGGAAUAAUACUACUGUGG